UUGCCGUGGCAACAAAACAAAGUCAGCUGUUUUUUAAUCACUGUUUGUUUUUCUCGCAAAAAUGCUGCGAAAUUCAUUGUUUGCCAGCGGCAAGUUUAGACAUUUGCCAGCAAUUGCUAUAGUGCGGAAUUCGACAAGGAGCAGCAGCACAGCGAAGCCACUGGAUGCCGGCACCCAAAAGGAAGUGCUGCACCAUGAGAAUCACGCCUCAGAGUGGUGGAAUCAAAAUGGAACCAUGGGUGCUCUACAUGCCCUGAAUAUGAUUAGGGUUCCCUUCAUCAGAGAUGGCAUCGUUUCGCGCGGCACUGUGAAGCCAGAUUACGUAAAUACCACCAAGGUGUUGUUGGGUCAAAAUAUUUUGGAGGUAGGAUGUGGCGGAGGAUUGCUCACGGAACACUUGGCGCGCCUUGGUGCCCAGGUGACUGGCAUAGACCUUGGCGAGAAGUUAUUAGAGGCUGCCCGCGAGCACCUCAAAUGCUCCAGUCCAGAGUUAACCACCAAAGUGGUGUACAAAAUGGAACCCGUGGAUCAACAUGCCAAGGCCAAUUGCGAAUGCUAUGAUGCGGUGAUAGUAUCUGAAGUAUUGGAGCACGUCAACGAUAAAGUAGCCCUGCUGGAGGCCAGUGUACGCACCCUAAAGCCUGGAGGAUCCAUCUUCAUCACCACUCUGAACAAAACCCUACCCAGUUGGUUCGGCGGCGUAAUCCUUAGCGAGUAUGUUCUAAACCUGGUGCCCAAAGGAACGCAUCACUGGGACAAAAUGAUUUCGCCAUUGGACGUCCAGCGCAUCUUGGAUACGAGUAAGUUUAUCCAAGGUUUUAUAGUCAGGAUAGCUCUGGCUAUUCUUAUACCAACCCCAGUACCCUUUUUUACUUGUUCAUCUGUAGUGAACUGUCAGACGGUAUUGGUAAACGGAAGCACCUACGACUUUUGGAGCAACACCUGGCGAUGGAUCAACAACAACCAGAUGUGCUACGCCCUGCAGGCGGUGAAACAACCACAUCGGGAAUACAAUUGAAAUCGUAUUUUUAUUUAACUAAGAGCUAAGUCAGUGUGUAACAACUAAGUAGUAAACUAAUCGUCAUCCGAG